GUCUGCGUCACUGUUAGAGCGACAGGGAGCCGUGGCGCAUGCGCAGUGUGCUGACCUUCCCUCGGCGGACUGCGGGACCUUGAGCUGAGUGGAAUAAAAGUGUGAAAUUCGGAGGGGAUACGAGUUUUUGAGCCGCCAUGCCCGAUGUGGUGGAGAUUCCGACUAAGUCGGAGCUGAAUGUGGAUGAGAUAAAUGUAUCAUCUGCGGUACUGAAAGCAGCUGCACAUCACUUUGGAUCACAGUGUGACAAGGCCAACAAGGAGUUCAUGCUGUGCAGAUGGGAGGAGAAGGACCCGAGGAAGUGUCUGAAUGAAGGGAGGAAGGUCAACGAGUGUGCACUUAACUUCUUCAGGCAGAUUAAGGGGAACUGUGCCGAGUCCUUCACCGAUUACUGGACCUGCCUGGACUACUCUAACCUGGCUGAGCUGCGACAGUGCCGUAAGCAGCAGAAGGAGUUUGAUAACUGUGUUCUGGAGAAGCUGGGAUGGGAGAGACCUGGUCUGGGGGACCUGUCCAAGGUAACCAAAGUGGCUACCUCUCGGCCUCUUCCUGAGAACCCCUACCACUCAAGACCUAGACCAGAGCCCAACCCAGUCAUUGAUGGCAAGCUGGAGCCCGCCAAGUACGGCAGCCGCUUGUUUUUCUGGAACUGGUGAAAAGGGACUUUCAUCAGCUCCUUAAAGCCGACUCCACCUGCCGCUGAUCCCAAAUCAGACAUUUCCAGAGCUCAUCAGACAUUAGCAGAGUUAGUGCUUCACUUGCAGCACUGCUCUGCUAUCCCUAUGUGUAGAAACCUUUCACUCUUAUUGAUGUGUUGUGAAAUAAAUGGAUUUAAUUUAAA